AUGGAUAAUUCAACCUAUUUUGCAACAUAUACUCUGAUGCAACCUGAAGGAUCUAAAUUUCACAGACAUGUAUAUUUCUCAUGCUUUUUGUUGUUUUAUAGUCUGAUAUUGUUGCUGAACAUUUGGCUCUGUGUUGUUAUUGUUUUGGAGAGACCUCUUCAUGAACCAAUGUACAUUUUUCUGUGCAAUCUGUGUAUAAACGGGAUAUUUGGAGCCACAGGAUUCUACCCUAAAUUUCUACAUGAUUUAAUACUGGACUCUUAUGUGAUCCCUUCUUACAUGUGUGCCUUACAGUCUUUUGUGAUCUACAGUGCAGUGAAAUGUGAAUAUUGUACAUUGGCAGUGAUGGCUUACGACAGAAAUGUGGCAAUAUGCAAACCUUUAAACUAUCACUCGAAGAUGAACAGAUUUAAAUGUGUCAUGUUACUUGUCUUCUGCUGGACUGUACCAUUUGUUACUACGCUUAUUGCUCUGUUGUUAUCGAAUAGGUUGGCUUUGUGUAGAUAUCACAUUGAUAAACUGUAUUGUGACAACUGGUCAAUGGUAAAGCUCUCGUGUGAAUCAACUGUCGUCAAUAACAUUUAUGGACUUUUAGGCAUUUCAUUUUACUUUUGCAUAUUUGCUAUAGUUAUGGUUUCAUAUAUAAAACUUGCAAUUGCAUGUAAAGCUUCAUUGGAGUGCAGAAAGAAGUUUUGGCAGACGUGUGUGCCUCAUAUGUUGUCUUUGUUAAAUUUUAGUGUUGCAAUGCUUUUUGACACCUUGUUUAACAGAUACGGCUCAAGCAACAUCCCAGAGAGUCUGCGUCAUUUUUUGGCUUUGGAAAUAAUUAUAGUGCCACCUAUUUUCAAUCCUUUAAUUUAUGGCUUAAAACUAACAGAGGUUCGCAAAAGAGUCUUUAAAUCAUGCUUUAAAAGUUGA